CCGGCCCCGGCCCCCGAACCAGCCCUUAUCUGAUCCCAGCUCCGGUUUAAGAGUCCCGGCCCUGCCCGUCGCACAGCUCCGUCCUCACUCCUGCCCGCCCCGUCAGUCUGUCAGUCCUGCUGUCUAUCUGAAGGGCCACUCAACACGGACCCAAGAUGACAUCAGUUGCCAAGGUGUAUUACAGUCAGACCACUCAGACAGAAAGCCGGCCGCUAAUGGGCCCCGGGAUACGGCGGCGGAGAGUUCUGACAAAAGAUGGUCGCAGCAAUGUGAGGAUGGAGCACAUUGCUGACAAGCGCUUCCUCUACCUCAAAGACCUGUGGACAACCUUCAUCGACAUGCAGUGGCGCUACAAGCUUCUGCUCUUCUCUGCGACUUUUGCAGGCACCUGGUUCCUCUUUGGUGUGGUGUGGUACCUGGUAGCUGUGGCCCACGGGGACCUGCUGGAGCUGGGCCCCCCCGCUAACCACACGCCCUGUGUGGUUCAGGUGCACACCCUCACCGGGGCCUUCCUCUUCUCCCUUGAGUCCCAGACCACCAUCGGCUAUGGCUUCCGCUACAUCAGCGAGGAGUGUCCGCUGGCCAUCGUGCUUCUGAUCGCCCAGCUGGUGCUCACCACCAUCCUGGAAAUCUUCAUCACGGGCACCUUCCUGGCCAAGAUCGCUCGGCCCAAGAAGCGGGCCGAGACCAUCCGUUUCAGCCAGCACGCGGUUGUAGCUGCCCACGAUGGGAAGCCCUGCCUUAUGAUUCGGGUUGCCAAUAUGCGCAAGAGCCUGCUCAUUGGCUGCCAGGUGACGGGCAAGCUCCUUCAGACCCACCAGACCAAGGAGGGUGAGAACAUCCGGCUUAACCAGGUCAACGUGACUUUCCAAGUAGACACAGCCUCUGACAGCCCAUUCCUCAUCCUACCCCUCACCUUCUACCAUGUGGUAGAUGAGACCAGUCCCUUAAAAGACCUUCCCCUUCGCAGUGGUGAGGGUGACUUUGAGCUGGUGCUGAUCCUAAGUGGGACAGUGGAAUCCACCAGUGCCACCUGCCAAGUACGUACUUCCUACUUGCCAGAGGAGAUCCUUUGGGGCUAUGAGUUCACACCUGCCAUCUCGCUGUCAGCCAGUGGCAAAUACAUAGCUGACUUCAGCCUUUUUGAUCAAGUUGUGAAAGUGGCCCCUCCUAGUGGCCUACGUGACAGCACUGUAUGCUACGGAGACCCCGAAAAACUCAAGCUGGAGGAGUCAUUCAGGGAACAAGCUGAGAAGGAGGGCAGUGCCCUUAGUGUGCGCAUCAGCAACGUCUGAUGCCUUGGUUUCCCACCUCCCUGUCCCUCUAGUCUUGCUUCCCUUUUUGGCACUCUGGGUGAGGCUAUUACCCAGGCUUACUGGAGAGUUCCAGAAGCACCCGUUCCCCACUCCCUCUCCUUUAACCCAGUGGCCUGUGGGUAGUCUAGGCCAACUGGAGCCCAAGUUUUCCUCCCAUUCUCCCCUUUCACCUCACCCCACUUCCACUGCAUUAUAUACCCCUCCACCCCCACCCCUUAAGCCAGGAUGGGGGAAGGAGAGGGAAGAUUAGGCUGAAAGGCUUAGAGGCCUCAGCUGUGCUUGGAGACUCACAUUAGGGGGACCAUGCAGUUGGAUGGAUAGACUCCCCCUGACCUCCCACCAUCACCAGACAUUUUGGUGAUUUGAGGCUGGAGUACCUCCCUCUCUAAC